AUGAAGCUGACGCUUCCGGUUGCCUUGAUUUCACUGGGCGUGGCAUCAGCCUCCCACCAUGGAGCAUCCUGUGGCUCCAGCCGCGGAGCGUCUCGCGGUACCGCCGCCACAUUCACCCAUCCGGGCCUCCUUCAUUCGGCUUCGGACUUUGCGCGCAUUGUGGACAAGGUUGCAAGCAGGACGGAGCCUUGGCUGACGGGCUGGUACACGCUCAGCAACAGCUCCAACAUCGACCUGGAUUACACCCCGUCGCCCAAGACGACCGUCUAUCGGGGCGCGGAUGGGGUGCACGCGGAGAACUAUCCUUCCUUGUACAGGGACAUUGCAGCGGCCUACGCCAUGGCCAUCUACUGGAAAGUCACCGGCAACACCAGCUACGCGGAUGUGGUGGUGAACAUCCUCGACGAAUGGAGCUCCACCCUGACCAACAUCUCCGGCACCACCGACCUCUACCUGGCCGCGGGCAUCUACGGGUAUCAGUUUGCCAAUGUCGCGGAGAUGAUGCGCACCUACUCCGGGUGGCCCGCGGCCAAUCUCACCCGCUUCAUCGACAUGAUGGUCGACGUGUUCUACCCGAUCAACCAUGAUUUCUUGGUGAAUCACCACGGCGCCGCCGUCGACCAUUACUGGGCCAAUUGGGAUUUGUGCAACAUCGCCUCUGCCUUAUCAAUCGGCGUUCUAAGCGACAACCAGACAAUGUACAACGAAGGGCUGACGUAUUUCCAGUCCGGCGCGGGGAACGGGCAGAUCGAGAUGGCGAUCUGGAAGCUGUACCAGGCGGACGGGGAGACUUUAGGGCAGGGCCAGGAGGCUGGGCGAGAUCAGGGCCAUUCCAUGUUGGAUUUCGCCCUCCUCGGCCCUAUCGCGCAGACAGCGUACAACCAGGGAACCGAUCUUUUUGGAUAUCUGGAUAACCGAAUUCUGGCAGGCGCUGAAUACGUAGCCAAGUACAACCUGGGCUACGAUGUCCCCUACACGACAUACGAUAACAGCGACGACGUGAACCAGACGGUGAUCAGCAAUAGCAGCCGCGGCGAUAUCCGGCCCAUCUGGGAGCUCUUAUACAACCACUACGGGGUUCUCAAGGGGUUGAAUGUCACCUAUACUGAAGCCUAUCGCAACAGGGUCGUGCAAGAUGGCUCUGGUGCGGAGGGCGGUGGCGGUGACUAUGGAACCGCAAGUGGCGGGUAUGACCAGUUGGGCUAUGGCACUCUGAUGUACACUCUUGCUUGA